GGAAUCGGCCCUUAUACAUUCUGCCAUGCACUUGGAAACGGGAAAUUCAGUCGAGUUAUGCUAGCCAAGCACAAAAAUGGAACUCUUGUUGCAAUUAAGAUGAUAGACAAGCAGGCUCAUGACUACCGUGUCAUGUCUCGGCUGGUGCGAGAAAUCUAUCUGAUGGAAGCACUGGAUCAUGAGAGUGUAGUCAGACUCUACGAAACGUUCGAGACCUGCGACACUUUGUAUUUGGUGAUGGAAUAUGUCCCUGGCUGUAAUUUAGACGAACACUUGCAAAAAUCGGGAGGUUCGAUAUCUGAGGAUGAGGCACGCUUAAUAUUCAGGCAGAUGGUAGUAGCCGUAAGCCAUUGUCAUUCUCGUUGGGUUGUCCAUAGAGAUCUCAAGACGCCUAAUGUGCUUGUUGCACCCGACGGGAUCGUCAAGUUGGCUGAUUUUGGGCUCGGAAAUCGGUUUGGGUUGCAGCGACUGCGCACCAUCUGUGGAUCAAUGCUGUAUUAUAGUCCAGAAAUCAUCAGUGGUCAAAAGUAUUAUGGGCCUGAGGUUGAUUGUUGGUGUCUUGGGAUUGCUUUGUUCAGAAUGACGGCUGGAUUUGAGCCCUUU